ACAUAACACAUUAUUCAGUAUAUAUUUGUUUUUGAAAACAAUUAUUUUAUAUUUAUAACAGCUUGGAUGAGCUAAAGUGACCACGCUUCUGGUUAUCUUGAUAAUAAAGAAAAUAAAUUUGCUUUCUUUUUUGUCUACACUUUUUCUUUGUAUUUUAAAGAGCUGUGAGAUUGACAGACAGAUCCCACCGAAAUAAAUUACUAACAAAUUCACCCACACCCCAUCUUCAUAAAAACCCAUAGAAUUCACCAAUCUUUUUUGUUGUUUGAUGAUUUAUUUUUAUUUAUAAUUUCAGCUCCUCUUUUCUUUUCUUUUUCUUUUGUUGUUCUUUCAAGAAAAGAUGCUUGGUGUUUCCUCAGGUUUAAUUACUAGUACUACUAGUACUUCAGGUGAUGGUGGUGCUGCCAUUCAGGCAGCAGCACCAUCACAGCCACCGCCGCCACAAGAAGCUAAUCCAGAAAGUGGUGGAAGCAGUGAGGGUGGCGGUGGCGGAGAUGUGACAGUUGGCGGUGGUGGUUUUAAUGAAGAAAGGAAUUCAGGUGGAAACAGGUGGCCAAGACAAGAAACUUUAGCGUUACUGAGAAUUAGAUCGGAGAUGGAUGUUGUUUUUAAAGAUUCAAGUCUUAAAGGACCCUUAUGGGAAGAAGUUUCCAGGAAAUUGGCGGACCUUGGUUAUCAUAGGAGUGCCAAGAAAUGCAAAGAGAAAUUUGAGAACGUUUACAAGUAUCACAGGAGAACUAAAGAUGGUCGUGCUUCUAAAGCAGACGGCAAAACCUAUCGGUUCUUUGAUCAGUUACAGGCUCUGGAAAACAAUCCAGCUUCUCAUUCUUUACCGCCACCUCCAUUGGCAGCAACACCACUAACCAUGGCAAUGCCAAUGCGAUCGGGAAACACUUCAAUUAAUCCUCCUCCAGUUCCAAUCACGUCACAAAAUAAUGCUUCAUCAACACAAAACAAUCAGCCUUUUACUGUUACUCAGAAUACUGUCGUGACAGCAGCAGCGCCAGCUGUUAGUCAUCCUAUGAUCACUACGCCCGCGUUGCCACUGUCACAACCACAACCAUCUCCAGCACCAGCACCAGUAGUACAACCGAUAACUAACUUGAACCAGAUAAAUCGGCCUCAAGGUAAUACCAAUACCGCGAGUUUUCUGUCAAAUUCAACUUCAUCUUCUUCGACUUCAUCAGAUGAGGAUAUACAAAGGCGGCACACGAAGAAGCGGAAAUGGAAGGACUUCUUUGAGAGGUUGAUGAAGGAUGUGAUUGAAAAGCAGGAGGAGUUGCAGAAGAAGUUCCUGGAAACGCUUGAGAAGCGCGAGAGGGAUAGGCUGAUGAGAGAGGAGACAUGGAAAGCACAAGAGAUGGCGCGAUUGAAUCGGGAACACGAUCUUUUAGUCCAAGAAAGAUCAAUGGCGGCAGCUAAAGACGCAACAAUCAUCGCAUUCUUGCAAAAGAUAACCGAACAGCAAAACACGCCGAUCCCAACCAGUACUAAUAAUACUUCUCCAGCUCAAAUGCAAUUAAAACUGCCCGAAAAGCCACUGGGCGCGCCACAAAAGCAAACACAACAACCACCAACACCAGCACCAGCACCAACACCAGCACCAACAGCUGUCGCGAUAUCACUACCAAUGACAAUACAUGCCCCAGUACCAACACCACAACCCCCACAACCAUUGUCAUUACCCAUGGUGGUGAAAUCAUUUGAAACUCCAAAAACCGAUAAUGGUGGGGAGAAUUUUUCUUCACCAAGCUCUUCAAGAUGGCCAAAAGAAGAAAUUGAAGCGUUGAUUAGUCUUCGAACAUGCUUAGAUCUGAAGUAUCAAGAAAAUGGACCAAAAGGACCACUAUGGGAGGAAAUUUCAGCGGGAAUGCGAAAACUCGGGUACAACAGAAAUGCCAAGAGAUGCAAAGAGAAAUGGGAGAACAUCAACAAGUACUUCAAGAAGGUUAAAGAAAGCAACAAGAAAAGACCAGAAGAUUCCAAGACUUGCCCAUAUUUCCACCAGCUUGAAGCAUUGUACAAGGAAAAAGCCAAGAACGAAGUUGUAGUACCAAAUACAGCUGGCUUCGGAUUAAGACCCGAAAACAGUAACUCCAUGGCUCCAAUCAUGGCUCAACCAGAACAACAAUGGCCACUUCCUCAGCCGCAGCUCCAACAACAGCACGUUCAAGGAACUCACAGCGAUAUUAAUCAAGAUCAUCAGGAUAAUGGAAGUGACAGCAUGGAUGAGGACGAUGAUGAUAUGGAAGAAGAUGACGAAGAUGAAGAUGGAAAUGGUUAUGAGAUAGUGACAAACAAGCAACCAUCAUCAAUUUCGGCUGCCAGUGUCACCACCACUGCUGCUGCUACUAGUGCAGUUUGAAUAAUCAUGAAAAUAAGACCAGCAAUCUCAAAUAGAGAAAUGAGGAAGCAGUGGCAUCAAAGAGCUAACAAAAAAAGAUUUGGGAAGUGACUGUGCAUUGGGAAUGGCAAAUGGGUCAACAGAUUUUGCAGAGAUUUGUCGUAUUCAAAAAUUCCUGUUGGCGAGAGAACGCGGUGACUGCAGUAAAAAAAAAAAUACCAUUUGGAAAUGCCAAGUUACACAUGUGGAUCUUUUUUACAUAUUUCAAUUUUUUUAAAAAAUUACUUUUGGUUUGGUAAGGGUAUAGUGUAAGUUUUUCAUUUUGGCAAGUUUUUCAUUUUGGUACAAGUUUAAUUUCACUUUCAUUAUUUAUUUAUUAUUUUGAAAAAAAUAAAGUUUAUUGAGGGAUGGGAAGGGAGACAAAUAGAAUAAAUGCAGGGAUAAUGUAAUUUGUACUUUUUUUUUCCUUCUAUUUUGUUCAUGGGGGUGUACAUGUAAGAAAAUGGUUACUGCAUUUACAUUUUUCUUCGAUUU